AUGGGAAAAGAAAAAGCUGGCGGCUUUCCGUCUGGCAACCACAAUUCUAUGCCCAAUUCUGGAGCCAAUGCACAGGUGACCAGCGCAACGGAUGAGGAGAAACGGGCCGCUGUCCAGCUGCACUGGGCUAUCCUAACCAGUAUCGCCCUGAUGCUGGUGAUUGUGACCGGUUUUGGUUUGGGUAAGUCUCUAUUCAUUUUGUAUUUGUUGUUUUAUGUGAUUCAAUUGGAAAUGUGGCCACUUUUUCCAUCUGGGCCUCUCGACGGCUGGCCGAGUAUAUGA